GCUUGAAAAAAUUUUGUGCGUCCGAACUCCGAAGAUAGUGUUUUUUUUUUUUGUUUGGUUGGCAAUGGAGACGGCGCUGCAAAGCACUGGGAUGUUAACGAAAGAGCAAAUGGUGUAUCUCUUUGAUCGAUUCGAUUACUUGACAUCGCAAUCUGAUGUGAAGAAACGAAUCGCCGAUGCUGUGGAGGAUAAACAGGAAGCUGUAGCGGUAACAACUGCAGUUCAAGAGGAGAUAUUCUUGGAGAUGGGAAUUGACCCGGGAUUUGGUAUUGGGUGCUUGGGAAAGCUGAACUCUGCAUACGAAAAUGAUAAAGAGUUGAUGAUUGGUUUCUACAAAUUCCUCGCUAGGGAGGAGAUGGCAUGUGAAGAAGCUGAGCUAGGACCAGAUGGAUUUGAACAGAAAAUGAUAGCACAACAGCAAUUACAAGAACAGCAACUAGAGAUGCUUAAGUACAUGCGUAAAUUUCCUCUAGAUGACCAAUCUGCUAUCCUUCAAAAGCUUCAAAAGCAACUAGAAAGUGCGGAUUUUGAGCCUGAGGCGUCACUUUUGUCACGAGAGAAUAUAGAGGAAGCAGGGAGAAGAAGAGUGUCACCUGUAUUUGGCAGCAGAUAGCUUUUUCAGUUCUCACAAGUUACUUCAAUUUCUAUACUCAAAGUCUCUCUUGUCUCUUGCCAUCUCCAUACACUCUUUUUUAACGUUAAUUUUCAAAAAGAAGAACUUGCAUUAAAUUCUUCUUUGUACUGUUAA